AUGAAUUCUUUGAAAUGGAAGGAAUUGUUGUUAGGACGGAACCAGACUUUUGCAAAUGCAGAAGAUUUCAAAAAGAAAGUACAUAAGUUCAGUAUUGCAAACAAGUUUGAGUACAAGUAUGUGAAAAAUUGUAGGGAAAAAAUGUAUGUGAAAUGUAGUGUUGAAGGUUGUCUGUGGAGGACAAGUGCAAGAGUGGGUAGAAAGACUAGCUUGACAGCAUCAAUCAUCACUGAUGAGGUAAAUGAUCACAUAGACAGGCGUCCAAAUGAUAUAAGGAAGACUUUGGAAAGAGAUUAUGGUGUGAAGUUGACAUAUAAACAAGCAUACAGGGCGAAGCAAAAAGCUUUAGAGGACAUACAUGGCAGGCCUGACCAGUCUUAUAUGCUUAUUCCAUGGAUAUGUGAACAGUUGAAGGAAACAAAUAACAAAACUGUGGCCAAAUGGGUGGGUAAUACUAAUAACACAUUUGAGUGUGCAUUCAUAGCAUAUGGGUGUUGUAUAGAAGGCUUUAUAGCUGGUGCUAGACAUGUACUGUACAUUGAUGGAUGUCAUUUAAGUGCACCGUAUAAGGGGACAUUACUGUCGGCCUCUGCUUAUGAUGCUGACAAUGAAUUGUUACCUUUUGCGAUUGCUAUUGUAAAGGGAGAGACACUUGAGGAUUGGACAUGGUUCUUAUACAUGAUUAAGGAGAUAGUUGGGUUGAUGGAAUUGACAAUUGUGUCAGAUGGACACAAUGCAAUAAAAGGUGCUGUGCAAGCAAUAUUUGGUGGUGAGAGGCAUGCAUACUAUUACAGACAUGUUAAGAAAAACUUCAGUGCACAAAUGAUUAAAUUAAAUAGAGGAAAGAGGAAGACUAGUGGGAAAGCAAGGGAGGAGGGACUGCAAUACCUAGAUGCCAUUGCAUAUGCAAGGCUUGACACCGAGUUUGAUGGUGCAAUGGAUAACAUGAGAAAGUUCAAUCCACAAUUAUUUGAGUGGCUUCUUAAUCAUGGUGAUGUUGAAAGGUGGGCCUUAAGUAAAUUCCCAUUUAAACGGUGGGAUAACAUCACAACAAACCUUACUGAGUCAUUCAAUACUUGGAUGUUGAAAGAGAGACGAUAUAAUGUUGCCCAACUUAUACAUGAGCAUUGUGAGAAAGUGGCAAAGAAGAUGUAUGCAGCAAGCAUAGCAAUGAGUAAUUGGAAAAAUGGUGUGGGCCCAAACAUAGAUGCAAAAUUGGUGGACAAUGUUGCUAGAUCAGCAUGCAUGUUGAGCGUACCUUAUGGAGGAGGUAGGGUGUGUGUCCAUACAGCAAAAGGAGCUGUACAUGUUGAUCCUGGUCUAGGCGAAUGUACCUGUGUAGCUUAG